UCCGGGGGACUGUGGUCAGGCGCACACGGAGAGCCGGAUGUUGACAGAUUCACGUGUUUUUUGGUUUUGUUAAGAGUGCAUUAAAUGUAGAUUAUAAGCAAUACAACAAACCUUAAAUCAUUAAGUCGGCAUGUCGGCGUCAUUGAUCAGGAGAGGGUUGGAACUGCUGAGUAACGACAUUAAAGAUGUCUGUAAAGUAAAGAAGCAGCAGCAGCAGCAGACCCCCAGCUCUGCCACAGUGAUGAAGCUGGUAAGCACCAAGCGGCAGGGGGUCACCAAACAAGUCAAGAGGCUGCAAGGCCGCCUCGGUCCCGGAAAGAGUAAAGCCACAGUCAAAGAUAAAAGGAUCAAGUCGGCAGUAGAGGAGUUCAGGAAGAAGCAGGGAAUGAGCCAUAUGAAUGCCAACCUUAAAUACUUUAUGCAAACUACCUGCAAAGCAACAGAUUCUGACACAAUGAAGAUCCUGAGCCACAGUUCAGGGAGGCAGUCCAGAAAUCACCCAGGCCAACCCGCCAAGAAGGUCAAGAAACCACAGUCUUUGUUCACGGAAGAGGAGUUCCAGCAGUUCCAGAAAGAAUACUUUGGCAGGACUGUUGAGGAAAAGAAAUAACAUCACACAAACACAGGAAGAAGAAUGUGCUGUAACAGUGAAAGUAGCAGAGUUGUGUUUUGAGAAUCAAAAGUGGAAGUUUAGAUCAGAAGUCGCUUCUACUCUACUGCACUGGUAACCUGUUGUGUUGCAUACUGGAGCUACAAGUCGUAGUUUUAAAGAGUUGAAACGUAACACUUAUUGUUGUUUCAAAAAUCACUGCAGAAGUGGAUAGGUGCAGCAAGAACCUGUUUUAGUUGCAGCAUAUUCUCAAUGCAUACAUAACAUUUCAGUCACAUUCCUGUAAUUUUAUUUUCACAAAAACUUAAACAUAUUUGUAAAAACAAAUAUAACAAAAGAAGCUAACUGAAUUAGUUCCACUUCUCCUGCCCUCUAAAAUUUCUCAUGGUGUGUUUUUUCAUUCCACAAUCCCUGUAAGGAUACUUCAGAUUAAAGGGUAACAAAUUA